GCUGCUGGUUCUCACUUUUAAUCCUUUUCAACAUGAAGCAGUUGGCGCAACACCACCCUCUGCUGCAAGACGCUGGUAGUACACCUCAUCUGGCCACUUUUUUAGGCACCUAACUAAAAAAAAAAAUAAUAAUAAAAAAAUAAAAAGAUGUACUACACAUAGUCUAAACACGCUUUUUUUUUUUUUUAAUAAAACUAUUUCUUCCUACACAUCAUUAAAAAGAUCAUCGAGCAUGCCAUUGUUAGUCUGACAAAGGUAUGGCUGGAUGAAUUGUCCUUUUUUAAAACAUACCUUACAACACGUCAUUUUGGUCACACAUUAAGAUUCACGAUGCAACCCAAAAACAGAAAAAAAUCAAAUUUUCCGAGGCGGAAACUAUGCGAAAACUAAAAAUUUUCAGGUGAUUUAAAAAUCGCAUUUUUAAGCCAGGGAGCAACAGGAAAACUUCCACACUCAUCAAGAUGCCUGAUGGCAUCCAAAAUCAGGAAAUAAAAAUGGUUCUUUCGGAGGGGCUAAUAGUCACAUAUGGAUUUUUAUUAAGUCCUUCCUUCCUUUUUUUUCAAAGCUUUACUGUCACAAUCAAUGUUUUGGUUGACUUUUCCCUUUGUUUCGAUUUUUUGGUUUCAUGCCAUGUCCUGUUUUCAUGCUGUGUUCCUCGUUCAUAUUUUGUGCUCAUUAGGUUUUUGUAUCCACCUCCUCUCGUCAGCCCUCUUCUUUGUGUCUACCAAUGAGCUCCCUCCAGCCGCUUGUCUUGUCCAGAGCAGAGAUCCCAUUCACCCUGGUUACCACCACCAAAACUCCCACCCCCCAUAAAGGUUUUAAAGUGCGUCAGGGAGGUGGCAGCCUCGCUGACAUGCUGACACGCUGCCGCAGCAGGAGAAGGAGCAAGAAAGGACAUUUUGGGAAAAAUUGUUGCAAUCAACUUGAAAAGGGCAAAAGAAAAGGGGGACCUGCAUGGAAAAAGAAGAGCUGCAAUUGUGGGGGUGUUCCCAGCUAUAAGUGGCCACUCGUACCUGCUACCGGCAUUGCUGCAGGAGCCUCACCACACACACACACACACACACACACACACACAGACACACUCACCUCUGUACUGCUGUCAGUCGGCGGGGCUCUGCAAGUUGUGCUCUCUACUCUUCAGAUGUCGCAGCCGAUGACCUUGAACCUCUGCUUGCUGGUGAUGCCAGUGAUGUCACUGCUGCUCUUCUCUCCCAUUGGUCGGAGCGACGAGAACGUCACCCUCAGCCCGGGCUGUCACUUGCACGCGUUCAACUUGAGCGUCCGCAGUGACCGGCGAGGCACGUGUCGAGGCACCCACCUGGUGCACGCCUGCGUGGGCUACUGCGAGUCCAGCGCUUUCCCGUCCAGAUACUCGGUGCUGGUGGCCUCCAACUUCACCCGCAACGUCACGUCGGCGUCGCGAUGCUGCACCAUCACCAAGGAGGCCAAGGUCAAGGUCCGCCUGGAGUGUCCCGGAGGGCGGCACCACGACGAGCUGGAGAUCCUGACGGCCGAGGCGUGUCGCUGCGACAUGUGCCGCACGUCCCGCUACUGACCGGACCCCAAGUGACGUUUCGUACAUUUGAUGCCUGCCGCCCGUAUUUCCGCAUUUGGACGACAUUGGACUUGAUAAUAAGGUCUACGCAUCAAAGAGUUCCAUUCCACUUUAAGACAGGAGCAGACAGUUUUGUCAAGAAUUAGUUGCACGGUUUACAAUAAGCAUAAACACGAGACUAAAGAAUGUAAAAGCAGCAAAUAUUUAUUUGUUUGACUUCAGUGAUAUUUUGUAAAUUAUAGCUAUUGGUGGAUCCAAUGAGUGUUUGGAAUGGCCGUAGAAGAAAGAUAGAUGUAUAGAAGAAUAUUUGGGGCUUUACAUUGUGUAAAUAAAAAAGGAAAAAAGCCUUUGAAAUUGUGGA